UAUAGUUCUAAAUGUUCUAAGCAUGAGAGCGUCUAAUAAGCUGUCUCAAAAACUUGAUUAAUCAAUUAAAAUUAUUAUUAUUUUCUUUUUGCAAGAGCUGUUUAAUCGGCCAUAAUGGAUUGUAUCAAUCUUAAUUUUCCAACGUUACUUUGUUAAUAUGUUUUGUGCUUUCGAAGAUCUGACUGUUCAACCCAAACCUGUUGUUUAUCUGCCUGGUUUUUCAAGCUUUACACCCUAGUGAGAUAUCUCAUUCAUUCGAACUGAAAGCGGGUAUCAAGUCAUUACCAAAAUCAUUGUCAUAGUUGAUGUGUGAUGAUGGAUGAACCAAAACAAGAAGCUAAAGAGGAGCCAAUGGAGGAGGAUGAAGGGAGGAUAGGCUUGGAAUCACCGUUCACCCACUUGGAGGAUGAAAAAGAUGAUUACACAUUCGAAGGGAAAGAGGAAGAAGAAGAAGAAGAACCAUUAACCCCUAACAAGGAUAAUGUCACCGAAUUUGAUGUAUUGGAUCAAACCUCAGAUGAAGACAGUCACUAUGAUUCCAUGAGUUUUGACUCAGAUCUUCCUGACGACGAAAUUGAAGCUAUGUUAGAAGAAGCUCUCAAGGAUGAAGAAGAAGAAGGAGAAGGCGGUGACGCGUCCUUGCAAGAAGGCUGCCCAAUGAAACGUAUGAAGAAGGAAAACUCUACAGAGGGUGAAGGCACAGACAAAACUGGAGAGAAGAAAGAUGCUGCAGCUGACGAUGGAACGGAACCUACAGAAGAAAGUGAGAUACUGAAAAAGAUCGAAAACUCAGAAGACAUGCGGCAAAUUGACAAGGUAGUGCUUGAGGAUUUAGGCAGAAGCAACCAUUUUGACUUUUUACCGGAAGGUUGGGUCGAAGUCAGCCACCACAGUGGCAUGCCUAUAUACCUCCACAAACAAAGCCGAGUUGUCACUAUGUCAAAGCCUUACUUCCUUGGACCUGCAAGUGCCAGAUGGCACAAAAUUCCAAUCAGCGCCAUUCCUUGUCUACAGUACAGCAAACUUCUGGAAGAAAAAGCGAAGCAAGAAGAUGAUAAUUUAGUAAUCAAUGGUCUGGUUGUUCCUAAUCCCAAAAUUGAAACAGUUCAAGAAAAUCAGAAAGCGCAGCUGCUCCCUGCAGAAGCUGUCCGAGAAUAUUGUUCUAAGCUUUUCAGGUUUAAAACGAUUAAAGUCAGUUGGUUUAGAACUUGGGAAAAUAGGAGGAAGUACAUAAAAACCAAGAAAAAACUGCUUCAGAAGAAACAGACUGAAAUUCCUACUUUACCAAGUGGAACCAAACUCAUCACAUUACCAUUUUUCACCGGGACUGAUCCUGAUAAUACUGUGAAGAAAGAGUGGAUAAUCAAUCCCAACGACAAAAGCUAUAUUUGUAUCCUCCACCGGUAUUUACAACAAAUAUUAAAGGCACAACCUCAAUAUGAAUUCAAAGAACUAGAAAAUGCAAAAGCGCCUUACAUGGCGAUCGUCAAAAUUAACGGAAUGCAGUACGGCACAGGUAUGGGAGCGAGUAAAAAAUUCGCCAAAACAGAAGCUGCAAAGAAUACACUACAAGUAUUCUUCCCCCAAAUGAAAGAUAAAAUUGAGGAUAAAAAAUCAGAAAAAACCGAGGAAGAAAGUCACAAUAUUUCAGUUUUUGAUGAGGUCAAAGUUACAGAUCCAAGAGUCGCUGAGUUCUGUGCAAAAACCACAGAACUUUCUCCACAUGAUAUCCUCCUGACAUGUCUGCAAAGGAAUUUCGGGAAAGGUGAAAUAAAUAUUGACUACAAAGUAAAUGCUAUCCGUCAUGGCCAGAACGAGUUCAAAAUGACUGUAGGAAAGCAUACGGCAACUGUUCUCUGUAAAAAUAAGAGAGACGGAAAACAGAAAGCUUCUCAGGAAAUUUUGCAGAAACUGCACCCUCAUAUUCAUACUUGGGGAUCUCUACUGCGAUUGUAUGGGAAUCAAAGGAUAAAAAAUAUGAAAGAGAAGAAACAGGAAGAACAGGAGAUCACGCAACUUCAAAGCAAAGCCCUCAUCAAUUCACCUAACUUUGCAAUUUUGAACAAGCUGAAAGCAGAAAUGACAAAACUGAAGAACGAAAAGGAGGCUCUAAAACCUGUUGGCAAAUUCUACCCAUCGCUCCAUGAGUCUCUUCCAUCUACAUCAGUAUCCGACUUGAACAAUGUCGAUUUGAUCUAAUGGCAACUUGAAAGAGAGUUCUUUUCUGUGAUCUCAGCAUGAAUUUUCGUUAAGAAGAAGUACUUCACAGUCCGCCAGAGUGGAACUUUAUUUGUUCUCUUUUUUAAUCCUAGUUCAAGAGGAUGCAUCUUCCAUCCUGAACAACAAAGAAAGGGAGUUUGUUUAAGGCCCCAAGAACUUUUGGUCCAGUCGAAGGUUAGCACAUUCACUCACAACAAAAUCUUUUUGAACUGACAUGGAGGAAUGGUAGUCCUUGGAAAGUUAUCGGAGAAGAUACUUUUUUAUCAAGAGAUACAUAAUGUUUUUAAUUUUUGAUAAAUACAAGUACAUAAAGGAAGUAUUUAUUCUGGGUGCAUUUAGGAUCUACAGAAAGUCUCUUACUUGACAGCGCUCAAACUUUGGCUGAAAUGCAUGAUUUAGGCAUAAUUACUUCAGGCUCAGUUUCUAUUUAAGUAAUCUACUUGAUUGAUUUUUUCUGGAUUGCAGUUUUGUCGCCAAGCUGUCUUUCAAAGUAUUCUAAGUCACUUUUCAAACCUCAAACCCUGUUGCAACGUCUGUGAUUAAUGCUAAUGAGAAUCAGCAGGACUAAUUUUCCUUUUCUGUCUUGUUAGAAUUAAUGAUUUGUCUGCAGUGCUGUUAUACCUCCUCAAAAUAGGGUCAGGAAUGAAGUUCCACAAUACGUGCAUCUCCUUUUUAACUAAUGCACAGGUUGGUGUGGAUGCACUAAACAUUUUUGGAUUUAACAUAAAUGUGAGAAAGUAGCGUUUCCUAUGAUUGUCAACUUAAAUUUUCCUUUCACCAUAAAAGUGCAAUGACAUGAACUACUUUUAGUAUGUUUGGCAACAGACAAAGUGGACUACAUUUUGCAAUUAGGAAGAACUAUUUUUUGUAACUUCAUCAAAGCACCUAUCUGCAGAAGGAAAAAUAAUGACACACAAGUUUUUUCUAAAGUAAGACAGAAAUAGUACUUCCUUAUAGCAAAAUGUAGUCUAAUUUUCCCCGUGUAUAGCAUUUUUCUUCACAAGUUGACUAGGUCUGCAUAUGAGAUGAGUUGACAGAUUUUACCAAGGCUUCAUCCAAUCCUCAUUAUUUGAGCAGAUAUAAAUUGUUGAAACGUAGCUCAUAAGAUAUUGUAUAUCAAUGCAUCAGAUAUGUAUUAACGUACUAGAUUCGUUUAAAAGCCGACUGCUCAUCAACCCUCAUUAUUGCUGGUUUUUCCAUGUGCUGGGAGUUUGAAUUGAUCAAUUGUCGUGAGUCACAAAUGUUAAUUUUUCUCGAGUUAGUUUUGGAUUUUGAUAUUUUCAACUUGCUUCGCUUAAAAUGUUAAUGAUGAAUCAUGUCCCGUGAUAUCAUGAUUUUUACUAUUAUGUGGUCCAUUGACUUCAUUCAGUGCUAGUACACUUAUCCCGCAACAUGCCAUGUACUUAUCAUUCAUGGGAGCGAUCUAAUUUCAUAGAUCCAAGUUUCAUUCAAAAGCUCCCUCACGUCAGAAGAAGUUGAUUCCCUUGCAGUUUAUGGAGUACUGUCAAAUUUUUGAUGGUUCAAUAAUAAUUCAAGAUUUCUCCCCUUGUAAUGUCUUGGAAAAUUGUAGGCGAGAGCUGUCAAAGAGAACCUUUCUAUACUGCAUGUUAUUUUUCUAAUCAUUAACAAUAAAUGUUAUUUUGAAAGAAAUAA